CCUAUCCAUAGUCUUACCCUGAUGCUGACAUGAAAGUAUGUGUCUUCAAUGCAACACAUGUGGUACCAACUCACCUUUACCAAGUACACAUCCUUGAGUGUCCAGAUAAAGCUAUUGUGGAGAGGGACAUCUAUAGAAGAAGAGAAGUUGAAAAUAAACUGCAAGCUAAGAGGCAGACCUCAAGGCCUGUGAUAUCAACUCAUGCUGUAUGCACUGAUGAAGACUGGGACUCUGAGACUGUUGCUUCAUCGUACAACCCAACAGAGAACAUAAUUCACCGUGAGAUAGCCAGGGCACCACCUCCAGGCUUGGGGAAAGCUGGGAGGAGAAAAUGGCGCGAGGUGGAGCUGGAACGUCUCCGUAGACUGAAAGCGGGCGAACCUAUUGAUGAUCUGGUAUACCCAGGAAAACAGGAAGACCAGAUGAUUGGAAGUCAGAUGAAAAGUGCCAGUGUGGAUGUCAUUAGCCAGUGUCAAUCUUUCAGCAGAAUUACAUCAAGCACUAGUAGCCUGAUAGUGCAGAGUGACCAACCUCUUCGUCGACCCAAGUUUGAUUUAGAACCGCAGUCACGGAUUGCUGCUAACAUAUUCCAUAAUGGUUCCUGCACCACUGUCAAUUCUGAUCCGAAAACUGAGGAAAUGCAAGCAAAGAUGGAAGAACUGAAAAAGCAGGAGAACAAAAUCAAAUCAAAGCUGAAACAGAUGAAGAAACUGGAAGGGAAGAAAGCAAACGGAGGGCAACUGACGUCUGAAGAGGAGGCCAAAAUAGCCAAGAGAAGUGAGUUUGAAGCAGACCUUGCUGAAGUGAAAGGGAAAAUGGAGGAACUUGUGGUGUAAAAAUCGAGAUGGAUCGUACGUUGAGAAGACCACCGGUUUGAUCAAUUCGUAAUUUUUAUUACACGUCAUUUCAUAUUCGUAUUUCAUUGUCACCGAGAUUUGAGAAAUGCAACACCUAUGAAACUGCACUGUUGUUCCUUUUAGUAGUUUGAUCUUGUAUAUUGUUUUCAUUGAAUUUGUAGUAGUUUAAUCCACAUAUGGUUUUCCACACAAGUACAUAAUGGCGGUGCAUAUCAAAUGCAUUUUUUUUCUUGACAGGCUUUUUUUGUUGUUGUUGUUGUUUGAAAAAAAAGGUUAUUUCUUUUAUUUGUAGCUGAGGUGAAACUCCCCAUAAAUACUUUUUUAAUGUGAUUAUGAUUGAAAGAUAAUAAAUUUUAAUUUUUAAAUAAUCAGAAAAUGUUUUGUUGAUGUCUGAUAUAGAUAAAUGCAUCUCUUUCUUUUCCUUUUAUUUAUUUUUUUCUUAAAUAAAGGAAUUAGCAUUUUAAAACCACUAAUUUCUGACCACUGUCUUCUUGUAACGAUGAGAGGGAGAACAAUGUUGAAUAUUAUCUACACCAGCAUACCACCGGAAAUAGAACCUGUUACGAAUCACAUGGAAAUUAGUCUACUAACAUUUUUAUGUCCACUGUUUCUUCCAUUUUUAUUUUUGUAAGACUGAUGUGUACAUUUAUUUUUUAUUUUUCUGAUGGAUAGGAUGUGGGAUUCAGUUGUAUAAUCCUUUUUAUAUGUCUAAUAAAGAGGAAAGUGAAAAGUUU